AUGUUUACUAUAAUGCCGCUAAUAUUAUAUAAGUCGGUAUUUUUAUUAAUAUUAUUCUUAUCACAUAUAUUAUGUCAAUUAAAUAUUAUACAAGAUUUUCCACAAAAUGUUUCUGCAUUAAUUGGAUCAGAUGUUACAUUAAAAUGUUCUGCUAUUCCUGAUCCUACAGCACAACUUACACAAAUACAAUGGAAAGAUAGCUCAAAUUUUUUACUUGGUACACAAACACCAGGAACACUUCCUGGUCAUGAUGGUCGUUAUUCUUAUAUACGUAACUCAAAAGAUGAACUUAAUCUUAAUAUUAAAAAUGUAAAAUUAUCAGAUGAUGGUUUAUUUGAAUGCCAAUUAGUUCGUUCUGGUCGUAAACCCCAAAAGACACCAGCUUAUUUAGAAGUUUUAGUUCCACCAACUCAUGUUUAUUUUGUAAAUUAUGCUUCUGGAACAACAUUAGAUAUCCGAGAGGGUACUAAUUUAAAUAUUACUUGUGCAUCAUCAUUAUCUAAACCCAUAACUGAUAUUAAAUGGUAUGUUAAUGGGCAAUCAUUUGAGAGUGAUGAUGUACAAAUAUGGAAUGAAAAAUAUAGUAAUAAAACUAUAUCAUCAUUUUCAUCAAUUGUAUGGAGACCAACAAGAGAAGAUGCUUAUAAACUUGUAACGUGUGAAGGAAAUUAUUUUAAAACAAAUAUAAAAAAACGGGUUAAUGUUACAAUAAAUGUAUUAUAUCCACCAGAAAAACCAAAUAUUAUAUUUAGAAGUAAUAGUGGUAAUAAAGAAAAAAUUCGUGCUGGUGAUAAAGUUAGUUUAUUAUGUAUUGUUAAAGGUGGUAAUCCUAAACCAAUUGUAUCAUGGUAUUCUAAUGGUAUUAAAAUUGAAAGUGAAUAUGAGUAUAAUGAAAGUACUAAAGAAACACAAUCUGUAUAUUCUUUUACAGCAGAAGCUGUUGAUAAUAAUGCUAUAUAUGAAUGUCGUGGAAGUAAUGGUAUUGGAAUUGAAUAUUCUUCACAAAAAAUAGAAUUAUCUGUUAUGUAUAAGCCAUUAAAAGUAGAGUUACUUGGUAAACCUACUAUUAAACCAGGAGAACAAUUACCUCUUCAAUGUAUUUCUCGUAAAUCUAAUCCACCUGCUGUUAUAACAUGGUAUGUUAAUGGAAAAGAGGUAAAAUCAGAUAAUUCUAUAAGUGGAAAUUUAGUUGGUAAUACUCAAGAAACAAUAUCAAAUAUUUCACUUAAAUAUGAUGAUAUAUAUAAUAGUAAUGGUGAAGUUAUUGUAAAAUGUUUUGCCAAAAAUAUUAUGGGUUCAUUAGAAGAACAACAAUUAAUUAGAAUUUUAUCACCACCAAGUAAACCAGAAAUAUUUGGUAUUAAUGAAAAUCAUUAUAAUGAAGGUGAACAUCUUAAUCUUACUUGUGAAUCAAGAGGAGGUACUCCAUUAGCUUCAUUAUCAUGGUUUAGAGGCAUUGAAAAGCUUAAUGGUUCACAAACAUUAAUUGCUGGUGAUAUAUCACAAAGUUUUAUUUCAUUAAAAAUUGAUCGUACAAUGAAUAGGCGACCUAUUAGAUGUGAGGCAGAAAAUGAAGCAUUAUCUAUACCAUAUGAGGUAUCAAAAACACUACAUGUUGUUUAUCCUCCACGUUAUUUAAAUAUAAGAGUGGCUGAUCCGACAAAAAAUUAUGUAAGAGCAGGUGAAGCAUCAUACUUAAUUUGUACAUCAAUCCUUUCAAAUCCUGCACCACAUAUAACAUGGGAAAUUAAUUUACCAAAAGAUGUUCAACCAAAAGUAAUGCAUGGUGAAUAUUUAAAACGUAAUGAAUCAGAUUAUGGUGAUUGGUUUAUUGAAAAUAGAUUAACAUUUACACCUACAGAAGAAAUGAAUGGUUUAUCUGUUCAAUGUAUUGCAAGUCAUUCUAAUUGGAAAGAACCAAUUGUUGCAAAAUAUAUAUUAAAUGUUUAUUAUAAACCAAAAAUUAAUUAUUAUCAAGAUAAAAUUAGUCUUCAAAUAAGAGAGGGAGAAGAUUUUCGUGAAAAUAUAACUAUAAAUUCUAAUCCUCCUGUAUCAUCAUGGUUAUGGAAAAAAGGUGGUGUUCCAUUUGCUGGUAGAAUUGGUGGUAUAUAUGCUCAUGGUAAUACAAUAUCAGGUCAAAGAAUUUCUAAAAAAGAUUCUGGUGUUUAUACACUUGUUGCAUCAAAUAUUAUUGGUAAUGCAAAUACUACUGUAAUAUUAACUGUUCAAUAUCCUGCACGUAUUGGUCAUUUAACAUCACCUAUUUUUGCAAAUGAAGGUGAAAGUGUUGUAUUUGAAUGUGAAGGAGAAGGUGAACCUAGAACAGAUGAAAUGAUUAAAUGGUAUCGUAAUGGAAAAGUUGUUAGUUCUAUGAUGCGUGAACAAAAAAGAGCUGUAUUAAGACUUAAUGCAUCAGAAAGUAGUGAUGGAAAAUAUACAUGUGUUGCUGAUAAUGGUAUUGGUAAACCACAUAGUCAAGAUGCAUAUUUAUUAGUAAAACGUUCUCCUGUUACAUUUAAAGAUAAUAUAUCAAGAAGAGCUGCAGCAGAUAUUGGUACAACAGCUUCAAUAAAAUGUAAAGCAACUGCUGUACCAUUUGCAUAUUUUAAAUGGAUUAUUGAAGAAAAUAAAAGACCUAUUAAUGAUAAUUCAACAAAAUAUUCAUUUUAUGAUCGUCAAUUAGAUUAUACAACAUUUGAAUCAAAUUUAUAUAUUCAAAAUGUUGAUGAAAGUGAUUAUAAAAAAAAAAUUAUAUGUAUUGUGGCUAAUCAAAUGGGUGAAGAUAAAGUAGAUAUAUCAUUAGGUCCACUUACAUUUCCUGAUAUACCAAGUGAUAUUAAUUUGAUUGAUGUUACAAAUGAUACAUUAAGUAUUGGUUGGACACCUGGAUUUAAUGGUGGAUCGCAACAACAUUUUGAAAUAAGAUAUCAAAGUAUUUCAACAAAAGAAUCAUAUACACUUAAUACAUCAUCAACAAAUAUUAAUCUUACAAAUCUUCAACCAUUACAAGGUUAUCAAUUUCAAGUUAGAUCACAUAAUAAACAUGGUGGUGUAUCAGAUUAUUCAUUACCUAAAAUAUUUCAUACAAUAUCAUAUGAUAGAUCAAUAAAUGAAAUUAAACCUUAUACAUUUUCAAUAGCUGAAGUACCAAAAUGGAUAAUAAUUACAAUUAUUUUUGCUGUUAUAUUUUGUCUAUUUAUAAAUUUAAUUUUAAUAUGUCGUCAUAAAAGAAAUGAUGCUAAAAAGAAAAUUGAAGAAAAAACUAAAAUGAUGCGUAAUUUACAAAAUUCUGAUGGAGGAAUAAUUAAUGGAAUGCAAAAAUAUGGAACUAUGACUCCAUGUACAAUACGAAAACCACUAGGAAAUUUAGGAUAUCCUAAUUCACAAGAAAUAUUACAGGAUAUGGGUAGUGAAGAUGAAACAUCUGUAAGAACAAUGAUAGAAAAUCCUCAACAUAAUGGUAAUUAUGUACAUAUUAGUCAACCAAAUUAUAUGGAUGAUCAUGUCAUGGUUCAAUAUGACAUUGAUUCAAAUGUAUAUGCUGAUAUGAUGAGAAGAAAUUCUCCAACUAUUUUAUCACAUGUACCACAAUCACAAUAUGAUGUUGACUUUGAUGCUUCAAUUCCGCGAUUAAUGACACCAUCAUAUGUUCCGCUUAGUAUAUAUAAUAAUAAUGGUGAUAUAUCAAAUUUAGUUAAUAAUCAAAUGGCUACAGAAAGUUAUCGUGAUAUUAAAAAAGCUUUUGAAUCACCUGGUCAAGUAAGAAGAACUUAUCAACAACAUUCUACACUACCUCAUGAUGUAAAUACGUAUCGUUCUCAAGGAGGCAUACAAAAUGAUGAAUAUCAAUCAUAUCAAUACAAUAGCGGAACUUUAAAUAAUAAUAGACGUUAUAUACCAAGAUCUCCACAAGUUUUAAGUACAUUUGGUCAACCAUCAACGACAACAACUCUUGUUAUGGGAAAUGAUUAUUUAGUAUCAGAUGGUGAUCUUGUUUAG